CAAGUCAAUAGUUCAAAUCUAUCCUUCACUACAGGAUGCAUCAGAAUGAUACCACAAACUCCAAAAGUCUUAGACACUAUUGACUAUUCACAAACAUUGGGGAUAUCACAAAAGAUAUUAAAAGAAGAUAUUAAAAGAUGAUGGUGAAUUGGCAGGAACUGUGCAGCAAUCAUUAUGUACAGAGACUAAUUUAGUCAUGAAACAAGAGGACAAGAUUUAUGACUUAUCUAUUGAAAUUAUUAUCCCUGAGGAUAAACCACACACAUUUACUGAGUUUUCAAAACAUUUUAAAGAAGGGAAAAGUCUACAGUCUAGCCAAAUGAUUCAUACAAAUGAGAAACUAUUCAAAUGUACAGAAUAUGAAAAAAGCUUCAGAUAGAAGUCUCCUCUACAGAUAGAAGUCUCUUUUACUAGAACACCACACAGGUGAGAAACCACACACAUGUACUGAGUGCAGCAAAUGUUUUGCACAAAUUAAUUAUCUGAAAACUCAUGAAAGGAUUCACACAGGGGAAAAGCCGUUCACAUGUACAGAGUGUGGAAAAAGUUUUACACAAAUGAAUAGUCAGAAAUAUCAUGAAAGGAGUCACACAGGAGAAAAGCCGUUAACAUGUACAGAGUGUGGAAAAAGUUUUACACAAAUGGUUCAUCUGAAAACUCAUGAAAUGAUUCACACCGGAGAAAAGCCUUUCACAUGUACAGAGUGUGGAAAAUGUUUUACACGAAUGGAUAAUCUGAAAACUCAUGAAAGAAGUCACACAGGAGAAAAGCCGUUCACAUGUACAGAGUGUGGAAAAAGUUUUACACAAACGGUUCAUCUGAAAACUCAUGAAAUGAUUCACACCGGAGAAAAGCCUUUCACAUGUACAGAGUGUGGAAAAUGUUUUACACGAAUGGAUAAUCUGAAAACUCAUGAAAGAAGUCACACAGGAGAAAAGCCGUUCACAUGUACAGAGUGUGGAAAAAGUUUUACACAAAUGUUUCGUCUGAAAACUCAUGAAAUGAUUCACACCGGAGAAAAGCCUUUCCAUUGUACAGAGUGUGGAAAAUGUUUUACACAAAUGGAUAAUCUUAAAACUCAUGAAAGGAGUCACACCGGAGAAAAGCCGUUCACAUGUACAAAGUGUGGAAAAAGUUUUACAGAAAAGAGUAGUCUGAAAACUCAUGAAAGGAGUCACACAGGAGAAAAGCCUUUCACAUGUACAGAGUGUGGAAAACGUUUUUCAGAAAAGAGUAGUCUGAAAACUCAUGAAAGGAGUCACACAGGAGAAAAGCCUUUCACAUGUACAGAGUGUGGAAAAUGUUUUACACGAAUGGAUAAUCUGAAAACUCAUGUAAGGAGCCACACAGGAGAAAAGCCUUUCAUAUGUACAGAGUGUGGAAAAUGUUUUUCAGAAAAGAGUAGUCUGAAAACUCAUGAAAGGAGUCACACAGGAGAAAAGCCUUUCACAUGUACAGAGUGUGGAAAAUGCUAUUCAACUCAUUCUCAAUUACUAGAACACCACCAAAUUCACAUAGGUGAGAAACCACACACAUGUACUGAGUGCGGCAAAUGUUUUACACAAAUGAAUCAUCUGAAAACUCAUAAAAAGAUUCACACAGGAGUAAAGCCUUUCACAUGUACAGAGUGUGGAAAAAGUUUUACACAAAAGAGUAGUCUGAAAACUCAUGAAAGGAGUCACACAGGAGAAAAGCCUUUCACAUGUACAGAGUGUGGAAAAGGUUUUACACAAAUGCAUUGUCUGAAAACUCAUGAAAGGAUUCACACAGGAGAAAAGCCUUUCACAUGUACAGAGUGUGGAAAAAGUUUUACACAAAAGAGUGAACUGAAAACUCAUGAAAGGAGUCACACAGGAGAAAAGCCUUUCAUAUGUACAGAGUGCGGAAAAAGUUUUACACAAAUGGAUUGUCUGAAAAAGCAUGAAAGGAUUCACACAGGAGAAAAGCCUUUCACAUGUACAGAGUGCGGAAAAAGUUUUACACAAAUGGAUUGUCUGAAAAAGCAUGAAAGGAUUCACACAGGAGAAAAGCCUUUCACAUGUACAGAGUGCUGCAAAUGUUUUACACAAAUUAAUCAUCUGAAAACUCAUAAAAAGAUUCACACAGGAGUAAAGCCUUUCACAUGUACAGAGUGUGGAAAAAGUUUUACACAAAAGAGUAGUCUGAAAACUCAUGAAAAGUUUCACACAGGAGAAAAGCCUUUCACAUGUACAGAGUGUGGAAAAAGUUUUACACAAAAGAGUGAUCUGAAAACUCAUGAAAGGAGUCACACAGGAGAAAAGCCUUUCACAUGUACAGAGUGCGGAAAAAGUUUUACACAAAUGGAUUGUCUGAAAAAGCAUGAAAGGAAUCACACAGGAGAAAAGCCUUUCACAUGUACAGAGUGUGGAAAAUUUUUUACACAAAUGGAUUGUCUGAAAACUCAUGAAAAGAUUCACACAGGAGAAAAGCCUUUCACAUGUACAGAGUGUGGAAAAGCGUUUCGACAUGGGAGUAAACUGAAAACUCAUGAAAGGAUUCACACAUGGGAAAAGCCGUUCACAUGUACAGAGUGUGGAAAAUGUUUUACAAAAAAGAGUAAACUGAAAACUCAUGAAAGGAUUCACACAGGAGAAAAGCCUUUCACAUGUACAGAGUGCGGAAAAAGUUUUACACAAAAGAGUAAUCUGAAAACUCAUGAAAAGAUUCACACAGGAGAAAAGCCUUUCACGUGUACAGAGUGUGGAAAAAGUUUUACAAAAAAGAGUAAACUGAAAACUCAUGAAAGGAUUCACACAGGGGAAAAGCCAUUCACAUGUACAGAGUGUGGAAAAUGUUUUACAAAAAAGAGUAAACUGAAAACUCAUGAAAGGAUUCACACAGGAGAAAAGCCAUUCACAUGUGAGCAUUGUGGAAAAAGUUUUACAGGAAAGAGUAAUCUUAAAACUCAUGAAAGGAUUCACACAGGAAAAAAGCCUUUCACUUGUACAGAGUGUGGAAAAAGUUUUACACAAAUGAGUCAUCUGAAAUAUCAUGAAAUGAGUCACACAGGAGAAAAGCCUUUCACAUGUACAGAGUGUGGAAAAAGUUUUACACAUAUGAGUAAUCUGAAAACUCAUGAAUGGAUUCACACAGGAGAAAAGCCUUUCACAUGUACACAGUGUGGAAAAAGUUUUACAGAAAAGAGUAGUCUGAAAUAUCAUGAAAUGAGUCACACAGGAGAAAAGCCUUUCACAUGUACAGAGUGUGGAAAAAGUUUUACAGGAAAGAGUAAACUGAAAACUCAUGAAAGGAUUCACACAGGAGAAAAGCCUUUCACAUGUACAGAGUGUGGAAAAAGUUUUACACAAAUGAGUCAUCUGAAAUAUCAUGAAAUGAGUCACACAGGAGAAAAGCCUUUCACAUGUACAGAGUGUGGAAAAAGUUUUACACAUAUGAGUAAUCUGAAAACUCAUAAAUGGAUUCACACAGGAGAAAAGCCUUUCACAUGUACAGAGUGUGGAAAAAGUUUUACACAUAUGAGUAAUCUUAAAACUCAUGAAAGGAUUCACACAGGAGAAAUGCCUUUCACAUGUACAGAGUGUGGAAAAAGUUUUACACGAAUGAAACAUCUGAAAACUCAUGAAAGGAUUCACACAGGGGAAAAGCCUUUCACAUGUACAGAGUGUGGGAAAUAUUUUACAGAAAAGAGUAGUCUGAAAUAUCAUGAAAUAAGUCACACAGGGCAAAAGCCGUUCACAUGUACAGAGUGUGGAAAAAGUUUUACAGGAAAGAGUAAACUGAAAAAUCAUGAAAGGAUUCACACAGGAGAAAAGCCGUUCACAUGUACAGAGUGUGGAAAAAGUUUUAGACAAACGAGUAAUCUGAAAAAACAUGAAAGGAGUCACACAGGGCAAAAGCCUUUCACAUGUACAGAGUGUGGAAAAUGUUUUACAGAAAAGAGUGAUCUGAAAACUCAUGAAAGGAUUCACACAGGGGAAAAGCCAUUCACAUGUACAGAGUGUGGAAAAUGUUUUACACGAAUGAGUAAUCUGAAAACUCAUGAAAGGAUUCACACAGGAGAAAAGCCUUUCACAUGUACAGAGUGUGGAAAAAGUUUUACACAAAUGAGUACUCUAAAAACUCAUGAAAUGAUUCACAAGGGAAGAAACCUUUCACAUGUUUAGAAAGUGGAAAAAAGGUUUUUAUUGAAAUCUAGUAUCGCAAAACACCAAAUAUUUACACACAAAUAAACUUUAUAAACACAGUGUACAAACCUUUUUACAAUUAUCCUAAAGACGACAAACUCUCUAAAUAGAAGCAUCAAAAAGGAUGAUAUUGUAAAUAAUACUUUCUAAAUCCCAGUUAUAAAAACCCCAGAUUGGAA